AUGAUCCAUGAAAUCAAAACAUCCGAUAAACCCAAACGCACCAUCCCCUUACCCGGAUGUUUUGAUCUUUCACUUUAUGUCUUCAAACAUGAUCGCCAGUGCUGCCUCGGUUAUUACAUACAGUGUUGGCAGCGCGUAGCUCAGACCAACCUUAAUCACUCGUCUGUCCUCUGUCAGGUUCAUGGCGGCUCCUUCCAGAGUUGGACCACAGCCUCGGCCUCUGAAAGCACACGCCUGUCCUCUCGUCUGAACAGCCGCUUCCUCGUCUUCUUCUGCAGGAUGCUCCGGGAGUCGUAUCCCUUCGUGGAGGACAGCUUCAGCCGCUUCCCGUCGCAGAGCAACAUCUACGGGCUGUGUCAGGCCGGGGAGCAGGAGCUGCUGGCGGCCACUCUCAAAGGGAAGGUGGUGUGUUUCCGCUACCAGGAGCUGCAGCAGAAAACCCGGCCUGUGGCCAAAGAGGUCCAGUUCACCUACAUACCAGUUGAUGCAGAGAUUGUGUCAAUCGAUGCCUUCAACAAGUCUCCUCCCAAUAAAGGCCUGGUGGUGGGCAUCACCUUCAUCAAGGACUCUGGUGACAAAGCCACUCCAUUCCUCAACAUCUACUGCGACUAUGAGCCUGGCUCAGAGUUCAACCUGGACUCUAUUGCGCAAAGCUGUUUGAAUCUGGAGCUGCAGUUCACGCCCUUCCAGCUGUACCACGCAGAAGUGCAGUUUGACGAGGGAGGCAGUGAGACCGUGUUUCUGCUGAGUGGCCACGACCAGAGGAUUCACCUCUACAAGGAGAACGCUUCCCUCCACCAGUUUGAGGAGCAGCCGGUGGAGAGACUCUUUCCUGAACUGCAGCAGCUGCCCAGCAAUGUGCUGUGGUUGGACAUGCUGAGCAUCGCCGGGGGCCGGCGCCUCUCAGCAUUCGGCUGUCAGAAUGGCUGCGUUGGACUGGCUUUGGUGACGCAGACUGGGCGAGAGGUGCUGCAGAGCUGGCGGGUGCAGUUUGACAGUCCCAUCUCCACAGUUCUGCUGUUCCCUCUGACGAGCCAUUGCAGUGGGGAGAAAAAGGAGGCAACGGAAGGCUACAACCUCCUGGUGACCAGCACUAUUGAGAUGGCGGUUGUUUACAGAGACGUCCAGGAUUGUGGUUUGUCUCGCUCCAUGUGCCUCCCAGAGAGCGACCAGUGGGACGCAGUGCUGUGUGCUCUCGUCAUUGACCUGGACUUUGAUGGGCAGAAGGAGGUGCUGUUGGGAACGUAUGGACAGGAACUUCUGUGUUAUAAAUUCCAAGCAGCAGGCAGCGGCUUAGGCAGCCAGAUCGAGCUGCAGUGGAGGCGGAGCUUCAAGAGUCCCGUGCUGUCAGUCAUCUAUUUAGACCUGACUGGAGAUGGUUUGAGGGAGCUGGCUGUACUUACACUAAAGGGACUGCACAUCUUACAGCAUAGUCUUACUGUAUCUGCUGAUUUGGUUCUGGAGAGGCUCCUCCAGAGGGUUUCAGCACUGACGGCUGUCUUGGAGUUGGAGACAGACAAAGCUCAGGACGCGGAGGAGAAAGACGCUCCAGCUCAAAAACAAGAGUUUUCAGCUCAGGGUUCAUCAGAUUAAGGAGCGCUGUGUACUUGGUUUGUUUGCUUAUACAGAGCUGCUCAUGUGUUAGAGGAUGAGCUUUAACAUGGUGGCAUACAGCAGAUACAGGUAUUAAACGGCACAUCGCACACUA